UGAAACACAUCUCAACUAAAGUGUUUUUUCUUUCUUCCUCCCAAGUCCCAAUCAACUUAUAGGUCCUUGAAAAGAUAGUAUCAAUUUAGGUAUCUCUUAAUCCUUAUUUUUGGAUCAUAUCCAUGACUCAUGUGCUAAUAAUAAAUAACCUAACAAAACCCACUUAUAAAAUAAGUAAAAUAAAAUCUCUUUUACAGACUUGGAUCAUAUCCAUGACUCAUGAGAUUGUUGUCUUUAGAAACAUAGUGGGUUUUAUAAUGGGCCUUCUUAAUACCAGCAGAAAAGCCCAUUAUAUCGUAGCCCCAAUACUGAACAACCUUCUUCUUUUCGGUAACCCUAAACGACUGAGAACUCAAAAUAUGACGAUGUCUCUUCUCCGGCGACGACUUGUGAAACAAUCAGUUAACUCCAGCUAUCAAAUCAUCGCCGAUCGAUCGUUCUCCACCGUGGAGAUUACUCCAGUUCCUCGGAGAACCAACGAAUUCGACAAACUCAUCAACGAAGCUGGUGGCUCCGGCGAUUUCGAGACCGUACGCCGUCUCCUAACCAACCGCAUAGUGCUCGGAUCUUUCAACACGAGCGACACAUUCAAGUUCCUCACCAACACAGCCUCGUACUCCUCCGCUUUAGAAGAUCUCCGCCGCGUUUUGCCUAAGAUCGACGGCGGUUUCUCUCGGAAAAACGCUUACGACAUUCUAAUAUCUCGUCUCUGCAAACUCGGCCGCAUCGACGACGCGUUGAUCUUGAUCGGAGACAUGUCUAACGGGAGAUUAGGACUAACGCCGUCGACGUUUCACCCGAUCUUGUGCGCGCUCACUAGGAAGAACAAAAUCGAAGAAGCUUGGCUAGUCGCGGAAUCGAUGAGAUCCAGAUCUGUUCCGAUGGACGUUACGUCGUACAACUACUUCCUCACUGCGCACUGCUACGACGGCGAAUUGGAACCGGCGAGCGAGGUGAUGCGGAAGAUUGAGGAAGAAGGGAUCUCAACGGAUUCGCGUAGCUACGACGCGCUUGUGCUCGGCGCGUGUAGGGCGGGGAAAGUUGAAGCGGCGAUGGCGAUAUUGAGGAGGAUGGAGGAGGAAGGCGUGACUGUGUUGUACUCGACGCAUGCGCACGUUAUAUCGGGGUUGGUAGAGGGAGGCUAUUAUGCGCUUUGUUUGGAGUUUGUGAUAGCGUACGCCGGGAAGGAUUUGAGGUUGGACGCUGAGAGUUUUGGGUGUUUAGCUGGUAAGCUUGUGAAGAGGAAGAGGUUCGAAGAAGCAAAGAUUGUUUUGAAAGAGAUGGUUAUGAGAGGAUUCAGAAUGGGUGAUGAAUUGAGAGAAUUCUAUGAAAGCCAUGUGAGAAACUAUGAUGAUGAUUGAGUUUGAAAGAAAGAUUCUGAGCAGAAGCUUAAGAAACAGGGAUGAAUUGAGAGUAUACAGAUAAAAGUAUUGGAUCCAUCAGCUCUAGUUUGAUAGGGUUAUGCCAUUGAAACGAAGAGGAUGUGGAAUGUGAAGCUAUAGCAAAACCGUAUAUGCUCUGUUUGUAGCAUUGAUGGCUUCAAUUUGAGGCAUUUUCAUUGCAAAUAUUGGAAUGAACAUGAGCUUACAAGAUUGUUACUUAA